ACACACUCCGGGAGCGGGAGCGCGGCGCGGACGCGAAGCCGCCGGGGCUGGUGCGCCCAAAGCUAGCCGGAGCCGGAGCCCGGACUGCAGCCUGCUGAGCCGUACAGAGCCGCAGCCCAGGCCCGGGCCGGCAGCGGCUCAUGGACAGCAGGGCCGGCGGCCGGCGCUGCCCAGAGGCGGCGCUCCUGACUCUGAAGCCUACCAGGAUGGGGCCCCCGAGGCCCAGCCCAGGGCCUGGGGGGCAACGAUGGCUGCUGCCCCCCAUGCUGCUGGCACUGCUGCUCUUGCUGGUUCCAACCCCAGGCCAUGCCACUCGGGUCGUGUAUAAGGUGCCGGAGGAACAGCCACCCAACACCCUCAUUGGGAGCCUCGCAGCUGACUACGGUUUUCCAGAUGUGGGUCACCUGUAUAAAUUAGAAGUAGGCGCCCCAUACCUGCGAGUGGAUGGCAAGACAGGUGACAUCUUCACCACUGAGACCUCUAUCGACCGAGAGGGGCUCCGAGAGUGCCAGAACCAGCUCCCUGGUGAGCCCUGCAUCUUGGAGUUUGAGGUGUCCAUCACGGACUUAGUGCAGAACGGCAGCCCCAGGCUGCUUGAAGGCCAGAUCGAGGUGCAGGACAUCAAUGACAAUACACCCAACUUCGCCUCGCCUGUCAUCACACUGGCCAUCCCAGAGAACACCAACAUCGGCUCUCUCUUCCCCAUUCCCUUGGCCACGGACCGGGAUGCCGGCCCCAAUGGGGUGGCAUCCUAUGAGCUUCAGGCUGGGCCUGAGGCCCAGGAGCUGUUUGGGCUGCAGGUAGCAGAGGACCAGGAGGAGAAGCAGCCACAGCUCAUUGUGAUGGGCAACCUGGAUCGGGAGCGUUGGGACUCCUAUGACCUCACCAUUAAAGUGCAGGAUGGUGGCAGUCCCCCGCGAGCCAGCAGUGCCCUGCUGCGUGUCACAGUGCUUGACACCAAUGACAACGCCCCCAAGUUCGAGCGUCCUUCCUAUGAGGCUGAGCUGUCUGAGAAUAGCCCCAUAGGCCAUUCGGUCAUCCAGGUGAAGGCCAAUGACUCGGACCAAGGUGCCAAUGCAGAGAUCGACUACACAUUCCACCAGGCACCUGAAGUCGUGAGGCGCCUUCUGCGACUGGAUAGGAACACCGGACUAAUUACUGUGCAGGGUCCCGUGGACCGCGAGGACCUAAGCACCCUGCGCUUCUCAGUCCUUGCCAAGGACCGGGGUGCCAACCCCAAGAGUGCCCGUGCCCAAGUGGUUGUUACUGUGAAGGACAUGAACGACAACGCGCCCACCAUUGAGAUCCGGGGCAUAGGGCUGGUAACGCAUCAGGACGGGAUGGCUAACAUCUCAGAAGACGUGGCAGAAGAGACUGCGGUGGCCCUGGUGCAAGUGUCUGACCGAGACGAGGGAGAAAAUGCAGCUGUCACCUGUGUGGUGGCAGGUGAUGUGCCCUUCCAGCUGCGCCAGGCUAGUGAGACGGGCAGUGACAGCAAGAAGAAGUACUUCCUGCAGACCACCACCCCACUCGAUUAUGAAAAGGUCAAAGACUACACCAUAGAAAUUGUGGCUGUGGACUCCGGCAACCCCCCACUCUCCAGCACUAAUUCUUUGAAGGUGCAAGUGGUAGAUGUCAAUGACAAUGCGCCUGUCUUCACCCAGAGCAUCACUGAGGUGGCCUUCCCGGAAAAUAACAAGCCUGGCGAGAUAGUCACUGAGGUCACUGCCAGUGAUGCUGACUCUGGCUCCAAUGCUGAGCUGGUCUACUCUCUGGAGCCUGAGCCGGCUGCCAAGGGCCUCUUCACCAUCUCCCCUGAAACUGGAGAGAUCCGGGUGAAGACAUCUCUCGAUCGGGAACAGCGGGACAGCUAUGAGUUGAAGGUGGUAGCGGCUGACCGGGGCAGCCCUAGCUUGCAGGGCACAGCCACUGUCCUUGUCAAUGUGCUGGAUUGCAAUGACAAUGACCCCAAAUUUAUGCUAAGUGGUUACAACUUCUCAGUGAUGGAGAACAUGCCGGCACUGAGUCCAGUAGGCAUGGUGACUGUCAUUGAUGGGGACAAAGGAGAAAAUGCUCGGGUGCAGCUCUCUGUGGAGCAAGACAAUGGCGACUUUGUUAUCCAGAACGGCACAGGCACCAUCCUCUCCAGUCUGAGCUUCGAUCGCGAACAGCAGAGCACCUACACUUUCCAGCUGAAGGCAGUGGAUGGGGGCGUCCCACCUCGCUCUGCUUAUGUUGGUGUCACCAUCAAUGUGCUGGAUGAGAAUGACAAUGCGCCCUUUAUCACAGCCCCUUCCAACACCUCCCACCGGCUGCUGACUCCCCAGACACAUCUUGGGGAAACAGUCAGCCAGGUGACAGCCGAGGACAUUGACUCUGGUGUCAAUGCUGAGCUGACCUACAGCAUUGCUGGUGGUAACCCUUACGGCCUCUUCCAGAUUGGGCCACGUUCAGGUGCCAUCACCCUGGAGAAGGAGAUUGAGCGGCGUCACCAUGGGCUGCACCGCCUGGUGGUGAAAGUCAGUGACCGUGGCAAGCCCCCACGCUACGGCACUGCCCUGGUCCACCUUUAUGUCAAUGAGACCCUGGCCAACCGCACAUUAUUGGAGACUCUGCUGGGCCACAGCCUAGACACUCCCCUGGAUAUCGACAUUGCUGGGGAUCCGGAGUACGAACGCUCCAAGCAGCGAGGCAACAUCCUCUUUGGGGUGGUGGCUGGUGUUGUGGCUGUGGCCUUGCUCAUUGCCCUCGCAGUGCUUGUGCGUUACUGCCGACAGCGGGAGGCCAAGAGUGGCUACCAGGCUGGUAAGAAGGAGACCAAGGACCUGUAUGCCCCCAAACCCAGUGGCAAAGCCUCCAAAGGCAACAAAAGCAAAGGCAAGAAGAGCAAAUCUCCAAAGCCCGUCAAGCCGGUGGAGGAUGAGGAGGAGUCCGGGCUGCAGAAAUCCCUCAAGUUCAACCUGAUGAGUGAUGCCCCCGGGGACAGCCCCCGCAUCCACCUGCCCCUCAACUACCCACCAGGCAGCCCGGACCUGGGCCGCCACUACCGCUCCAACUCCCCACUGCCCUCCAUCCAGCUGCAGCCCCAGUCGCCCUCAGCCUCCAAGAAGCACCAGGUGGUGCAGGACCUGCCACCUGCCAACACAUUUGUGGGCACCGGGGACACCACGUCCACGGGCUCCGAACAGUACUCCGACUACAGCUACCGCACCAAUCCCCCUAAAUACCCCAGCAAGCAGUUACCUCACCGUCGUGUCACCUUCUCGGCCACCAGCCAGGCCCAGGAGUUGCAGGACCCAUCUCAGCACAGUUACUACGACAGUGGCCUGGAGGAGUCUGAGACGCCAUCCAGCAAGUCAUCCUCAGGGCCCCGGCUUGGUCCCCUGGCCCUGCCUGAGGAUCACUACGAGCGCACCACCCCUGACGGCAGCAUAGGCGAGAUGGAGCACCCAGAGAACGACCUGCGUCCUUUGCCUGAUGUUGCCAUGACGGGCACAUGUACCCGGGAGUGCAGCGAGUUUGGCCACUCUGACACGUGCUGGAUGCCUGGCCAGUCAUCUCCCAGCCGCCGGACCAAGAACAGCGCCCUCAAACUCUCCACCUUCGUGCCUUACCAGGACCGGGGAGGGCAGGAGCCUGCGGGCGCCGGCAGCCCCAGCCCCCCGGAAGACCGGAACACCAAAACGGCCCCCGUGCGCCUCCUGCCCUCCUACAGUGCCUUCUCCCACAGUAGCCAUGAUUCCUGCAAGGACUCGGCCACCUUGGAGGAAAUCCCCCUGACCCAGACCUCGGACUUCCCACCCGCAGCCACACCGGCAUCCGCCCAGACAGCCAAGCGUGAGAUCUACCUGUGAGCCCCCUCUGGCCAGUGGCCACCCCUUCCCCAGCCGCUGGCCAGUUCCCAGAUGGGUCCAUUCCAGGGCCUCUACUCCUGACCCCCUCCAGCGUGGACUUUCUGGCCAGGACUCUACAUGGGGGAGUGCUGGCCUCCUGACCAUGCUGAACCUCCCCCAUGCUGGGUCCAGGUCCCUCGUUUCCAGCCCAUGGGAGCUCUUUAUUCCUUUUUGGGCUCCCUCCAGCUGAGACCACCUCCUCUACAGUGACUGGGUUCCCUGCCCUCGGCUUCCAGGGAGGGGUGAGCACCCCUUGCUCUUGGCAGGUGGUGGAGUCAAGGGUGGGCAGCACACUUUUAACUCAUUAUUUCCCACAUGGCCGACCGGAGCCGGGAUAGGAUGCCCCACUCUAGCCCUUAAGUAGGGUUGAACUGGGGUGUCCCUCUCCUUGGGAGCUCCUAGAGGAAACCCUUGACUGUCAGGGGCUCUGUGAAGGGCUUUUGUUACCAAAGGUGGGGUGAGGAUGGGGGUGGGAGUGAGGCGGGUCUUGUCUUCCCGUACUGCUCCUGGGCUGGCCCACCUGCCUGCCACGCGCCCAUGCCUGGUCCCAUCUGGCCCCCUUCCUGCUGGUCAUGCAGUGUCUGUAUAUAAGGACCUUGGAAUGAUGUCCCCAUUUCUGCCUGAUUUGCAACUUUUCUUGUUGAUGUUGUGUUGUCUUCGGGGACCCCUCUGGGGGGGGGGAACCUGCCCUGUGCCCCCCUCCUCCCUGCCGCAGUGCCCCCACUCCAGGCCUCUAUUGUUCCAUGUUGUAAAUACCCCUGGGGGCCGUGGUGGGAUGGGGGUGCAGGCCAGGGAAACUGUGGGGUGGGGGCGGGUGGGGAUGGGGAAAACAUUCGCCUAUCAGCAGAGCUGGGCUUUUAUUUAAUUUUU